GCCGGCUGGCCCCGCCCCCGCGCGAAAGCACCAAUAAAGCCGCUGCUUCCUCUCAGCUACGCCUGCGCGUCGGGGGGCGGGGCCGCGCCUGCGCGGUGCUGUCGGGCCUGCGCGGCGGCAGCGCCCGGGACCGGUACCGGGAUGUCGGGGCCGGGCCCCGCCGGGGCCAAGCUCGACAUCAACCGCGCCGGCGUGGCCGAGCUGGAGGGCGCCCUCAGCGGCAUCGGCCGCCGCCGUGCCCGCGGUAUCGUCCGCAAGAGAGAGGAGCUGAAGGGCUUCACUUGCUUGGAUGACCUGCUGCACGUCAAGGGCAUUACCACACGCAUCCUGGAGCUCAACAGCCAGCGCAUGACGUGCCGGCGGUGCCCCGGCCCCGAGGGGCCCCCCCGAGCCAGCCCCACUCCCCUGGGGGACAGUGAGGACCGCAGGGCACAGGUGGUGGCUGAAGAGGAGGAGGAGGAGGCGCCAGGGCCCUGGGAGCCGGAGCGCCCCUGGAAGGGUCCCCCCAGGUCUGGAGCAGACCCUGAUGGUUCUGGGGGGCGGGGACCACAGGAGCCCCCCAGGUCCACCAGGGAGGAGGAGGAGGAAGAAGAGGAGGAGGAGGAGGAGGAAGGGAGCUGCUGCAGCGAGGAGGGGGAAGACAGCAGCAACGUGUACCUGUACUACACCCUGGGAGAGCGGUGGAUCGACUACCUGCAGCGCACUGGGGACGGGGGGCUGCUGCGGCACCUGCGCCCCAAGAUGAAGCGGAAGUCGGAGAAUGGGCCGGAUGGUCGGGCCUUGUCCCCCGGGAAGAAGCUGUGCAAGGGCUCUGACUAUGGCAGGACACUGGGUCCCUGUACACCCAGCCCCACGACCACCUUUGGGGACCUGCGCAAUGCCAAGGUGGGGCAGGCCCGGCGCCGGCGCAUCCCCUCGGUGGCCCCCCCACCCGAGCUGCAGGACUGGCUCCGCACCUUCCAGCGCUGGAGUGGCCCUGAGAAGCUGCUGGCCCUGGAUGAGCUCAUUGACCGCUGCGAGCCGGCGCAGAUCAAGUACAUGAUGCAGGUGCACGGCGAUGUCCAGCAGGUACAGUGCGUCGCUGAGCCCGUCCAGGGCCUGCCACAGCCCCGCGUGUGCCUCCUGCACCUCGGGGAAGCAGCACCUGGGGUACGCAUGGCAUCACGAGGCAUGCCUGGGACGGGGCCAGGACACCCCCACCCCCACCCCAACCCUGCUGCCGCGCACCUGAGGAUGAGGACGACCCAGUUGUACAGGAUGGGCAGCACCAUGAGGCUGAUCCAUCUGUAG